AAGGAGGAGGUCAACGGCAGUUUGGUAAGGUGGGGAAAGGAAGAGAGGAGGUGUUUUGACUAGGAGAUUUGGUGGUUGGGAUAGAGGCAAAGGGCGGUGGUGGGUAUUGGUGGCCGCGUAGGGGAGGGGGUCUUGACGUAGCAGGCUAAGGCCGGGGACUUGGACUAGGCCGGUGGCAGGCCCGAUGACGGUGGUUGUCGUGGGUUGGGGGCUUGGGUUGGGUUUUUUGUUUUUAUUUUUUUUUAACAUUUUUAAAUUUUUUAAAUAUAUUUUUAAUCAUUAACACGAUGACUCGUGUCAAUUAACUUUUAAAAAAAAAUUACCUGUUUAACAAGUUACCGGUCACAAGGGCCUGUUUUGAGCGAAUACACCCAAAGUUUGGAUUAUAUUAAAAUAAUACAAAGUUAGGAUUAUUUAAGGUGAAUACGUAAAAGUUGGGAUUAUUUUUAACAAAUUUUCCUUAAUAAUUUAGUUCAUUAAUCGUUUUUUAUUGUAUAUGAAAAGACCAAACUAACCCUUAUAUUGUUUGGACGCUAAAAAAUUGCAAAACCCUUAAAACCCUGCUUAAAGCUUAAACCCUCAGACUCUUUCCCGCCACCUUCAAUCUCUCUUCAAUGGAGAACCAUCGUCCCCAACGCUUCGCCGGAAGUCGUGGACCUCCACCACAACCUCAGCCUCAGCAUCCGCCGCAGCAAUUUGAUCCCAAUCUCCUCCUCCUCCAAAGCAUGGGCUUAUACUCUCACAAUCAAAACCCUCUUUUCCAAAACCCUAAUUUACCAUUUCAAAACCCCAAUUUCUACAACAAUUUCCCAAUUCCGACCAAUCCUGGAGUUCAGUUUCAUAAUAUUAAUAAUCCCGUUGGAUUUCCGCAGAAUAAUCCCAAUUUAUCAUCCCCUGCAACCACGAACAACUACAACCCUAGCCAUCCUCCUUUGCAGAAUCAAAAUCAACAACGAAACAGACCAAAUCCCAAAUUUUCGAAUGCUGGUGAUCGUAAGGAAACUCUUGAUAAGAUUGAGACUGCGGUUGGGAGUGCUCGACGUCAAAUCAUUGGAGCUGGAGAGCAUGUUUCCGUUUUGAAGCUGUCGCAAUGCGUGUUGGCUAACUUGCAAGCUGACUCUUGGGAUUCUUUAGGGUUUCAGCUCCAUCAAGUUCCUUCCCUCCAACAACUUAUUCUCGUCGAAGCACAGGUCAAUACAUUUAUUCGCUGUCAUGUGGCUGUUCACAAGAUUACGUCUUUGUUUGAUUUGCAAGAGGCCAUAUGCAAGAAUGAGUGUGUUGAGAAGUUUGAAGAGCUUGAGUUGGGUCCUUUUUUACGGCACCCCCUUGUCAUGCACUAUUUCUCUCUAAACAAAGAUGUGGAGGAAGUGUACGAGAUAACAACCGACCAAAUAGUUUCUUAUCUUUUGCUGUUUUAUUGUAAGAAACAGAAGAACCAGAAGGUUGCAAUCCAGGAGUUCCUGGAUUUUGUUGCAAGGAAGUGUAAAGUGACAAACCCCAGGUUACUUGGCUUGCGGAUCCAGAGUUUGGGGUUGCACAUAGGUUUCUUACGCAAGGCCCAGAAUGCUCAAAAUCUUGUUUUGGAGAAGUGUAUGGAGGCAGUGAAAGAGAAAUGCAAUAAGCCAAGUAAAAAAAGGCCACUUUUCUCUUUGCAAAAGAAGGAACUUGAUAACCGUUUCAGUGUCAUAAGUGAGCGUGUCACAUCCUUUGCCUCUGUCAACAAGGACUUCCGUGGGAAGCACAUACGAUUUGUUUCGUCUAGCUCUGAUGAGGAUGAGGAUAUGACAGAUAUCUCUGAUAAUGAAAAUCUAGGAAAUGACAACUUAACGAGUAACCAGUCUCAGUCCUCUUCCGUAAAAAGAAAAAAUGGAGAUAGGGUGAGUAGCUGUCCUUACCCAUCUGUAGCUGAAGAGAGGACAAGGCUGGGAUUGAAAGGAGAAAUUGGCGAUAAUUCUUCUCCACAUACUCAGAGCUUAAAUUGCAAUCAGAGAAGCACGCUGCCGAAAAAGAAAAGAAAAUUGAAAAGUCAGAGUCAUGGAAAGGCAAAUGAACAAGGUUCUUUCUUACUCUCUGGAAGCACUGAGCCAGAGGAGGAAAUUAAUUCAAACAUUGCUGAUGAUAAUGAUUCUAUUAGGAUGUUUAUCACAACCUGGAAGGAGGCUUGCCGGCAGCACACAGCAGUAGAGGUCUUGGAAAAAAUGCUAGAAUUCCAUAAAAUGACAGGUGGAAAAAGAAAAAGAAUUAGAAAAGCAUUUUCAGAUUAUCCACUUGUAGGGUUGCUGAAUGUUGCGGUAACAUCUAUUAGAAAGGGGAUGUGGGAUAGCAUGUAUGAUACAUUCCAAUUCAUGGGUGAAUUGGGACAGGAAGACAUUCAAGCUAAGGAGAUAAUGGAGUAUGAAAGCAUUGAUAUUGAUCCCAUUGGAAAGGAUCUUGGCCUUCACAAUAGGGAUUCGUCAAAGAUUGCUCCAUGUGUUAAUUUGGAAGAUAUUGUCAGAAAAGCCUCAGAUUAUCUAGUUGAAAGCACUGUGUUAUCUGGUGGAAGUUCACUUGUGGAUAGAUUGCUCAUGUUUAUAAAGGAACUUUUUCGUUGUGAAGUUUGGUUGAGUGAGAAGUUUUCAGUUAAAGAAUUCAAGUUGCUUGGUCAUGGGGAUUUUUUUUCGUUCUUAGAAAGAAAUUCUUCUUUACUCCCUAAAGAACUCCUGAAUUUUGUUAGAGGGGAGGUUCAUGAAUCCCAGUUGUUGGAGGUUACCAUGAUUCAACAACAAUUGGUUACGUUAUUGUCCCAAGCCUCAAGCAGCCUCUGGGAGGAAGGCGUUGUAACCAAGGAUCAAAUAUCUGAACUGCUUAUUCGGCAAUUUCCUCAAAUCAGUUUCAGAAUUAACGAAAGUUGUAGUACACAAGAGCUCCUAGAGUUGGUAGGGAAGCAGAAAAACAGUGUUUCAUCCAAUUGUGUUGUUUUCUCUGCAACAUUGUCAGGCACCUCUAAGUAUGUUGAUUCUGCUGGUGCUAAUGGAAUUGACGUGUUUGACAAUUCUGGGCUGAUAGCAGACUUGGAGCGGGUUGAUGGUAAAUUUGGAUCAGUUACAUCAAGAAAUGCUAUUGAAAUAUUACUUCAAACACCAUAUUUGACAGAUCUAAACUCAUGGUUGCAUUGGGAUCUUGUGUAUGCUCCUUCACUUGGGCCUCUUCUGGAAUGGCUGCAUUCAGAGGUUAAUGUGGAAGGCUUUUUAUGUCUUUUGACAAGAGAUGGUAAAGUUGUUCGAAUUGACCAUUUAGCUUCUGGGGAUCUGUUCUUUCAAGCUUUACUUCAUGAAUCGCCUUUUGAAGUUGCGGUGCAGCUUCUUUCAUUGUUUGUGUUGUCUGGUGGGAAAAGUCAUGUGCCCUUGUCCCUUCUAAAAUGCCAGGCACGGCAAGGAUUUGAAGUUGUCAUGGCAGAUUUUGUGCAAAACAUGGAUUAUAGUAAUGGGCAUAGGAGUGAGAAAAUACCGAGAGAGAAUGAAUCGGUUAAUUGUCAUUCAAGUGUGAAUUUUGUCAAGAAGUCGAGUGGGAUGAAUUGUGCUGUGUCCCUUGCAUCAAGAAUUGUCAUUGAUUGUCUAGCUCUCCUGCCUUCAGAAUUUCGCUGUUUUGCAGCUGAUGUAUUACUUUCUGGAAUGCAGUCUUUGCUCAAAGAUGUUGCUUCAGCUAUAUUGAUUCAGUGUAAAGGACAUAUGGAGCGUCUUAUGCUGCAUGAAAUUGGUUUAUCAUUGGGUAUAGUUGAGUGGAUCCAUGAUCACCAUUCAGUUUGUCCAAUAACUGAUUACAAGUCCUUGAUACUAACUGGAGUUCCUUCACUGACAAACAUGGGUUCUGAUGUGAAGGAGAUUGACCUUACCCAGUGUCCACCUGAAAAGACCUCUUCUCCUUCUAAAAGACUCGACCUGCAUAAAAAUGAUAUGAAUGCAUCCGUGACCAUAGGUGGCUCAGAAGUGCAGUAUUCUAAAAAUAAUUUAUCACAUCACCUGGCUGAACAUGACAUAGAGAAGGCUGCUCUUGUUGUUGAAUCAAUUAGGCGGGAUGAAUUUGGAUUGGACCCUAAUAUCUCUGAUGUGGAGAGUAGUUUGUUGAAGAAACAACAUGCCCGUUUGGGGCGAGCACUUCAUUGUCUCUCAGAAGAAUUGUAUUCGCAAGACUCACAUUUCCUUCUUGAGCUGGUUCAGAAUGCUGAUGAUAAUGUUUACCCUGACAAUGUGGAACCUACUCUAAGCUUCAUCCUUCAAGAUAGCGGAAUUGCUAUUCUUAAUAAUGAGAUAGGAUUUGAUGCAGAGAAUAUAAGAGCUCUUUGUGAUGUAGGGAACUCUACCAAAAAAGGGUCUUCUGCCGGCUACAUUGGACAAAAAGGAAUUGGUUUCAAAUCAGUUUUUCGGGUUACAGAUGCUCCGGAAAUUCACUCAAAUGGAUUUCAUAUUAAGUUUGAUGUUGGUCAGGGUCAGAUUGGGUUUGUAUUACCAACAAUUGUACCACCUUGUGAUAUUGACAUGCUUAAAAGAUUGGUACCUGGAGAUGAUUUUCAAAAGGGCAAGAAUUGUUGGAACACAUGUAUAGUGCUUCCUUUCAAAUCAAAAUUACUGGAAGGAUCAGCAAUGAGUAGCAUUUUGUCUAUGUUUUCUGAUCUCCAUCCUUCAUUGUUACUUUUUCUUCACCGUCUUCAGAAUAUUAAGUUAAGGAAUAUGCUAAAUGACUCGCUUAUUAUCAUGAGAAAAGAGAUAUUAGGAGAUGGAAUUGUCAAAGUAUCUCAUGGGAAAGAGCAAAUGACUUGGUUUGUGGCUUCUAACAAGCUGCAUCCCAAAGUUAUCCGGUCCAAUGUUCAUAUGACUGAGAUAUCUAUGGCUUUGACACUGAAUGAGACAAUAAAUGGCGACUAUGAACCAUUCUUAGGUCAGCAGCCUGUUUUUGCUUUUCUACCACUGAGAACAUAUGGCCUCAAAUUUAUACUUCAAGCUGACUUUGUCCUUCCUUCUUCUAGAGAAGAAGUUGAUGGAGAUAGCCCAUGGAAUCAGUGGUUAUUGUCAGAAUUUCCUGUUUUAUUUGUUAAUGCAGAGAAAUUAUUUUGCUCUCUUCCUUGUUUCCGAGAGAAUCCUGCGAAAGCAGUGAGUAUUUACAUGAGCUUUGUUCCUCUUAUGGGUGAAGUGCAUGGAUUUUUUUCUGGACUCCCUCGGAUGAUUAUUGCUAAAUUACGUCAAUCAAAUUGCUUGCUUCAGGCUGGGUGCAAGGACAAGUGGGUCCCUCCAUGCAAGGUUUUAAGAGGCUGGAAUGAGCAAGCACAGAUGCUGUUGCCUGACACUAUACUGUAUGAACAACUUGGACUUGGUCUUUUACACAAGGAUGUAAGUUUGUCGGAUGUACUUGCUAGAGCACUCGGUGUUGAGGAAUAUGGUCCAAAGAUAUUGGUACAGCUCAUAUCUUCCUUGGGCCGAAUGAAAGAUGGUAUAAAAUCAAUGGGUCUUCAUUGGCUUUUCUCUUUGCUUAAUGAACUUCACAGCAUGUUUCACUUCCAUGCACCAAACUUAAGGAAUUCAGGCUCCGAACUGGAUCUUAUAAAUAACCUGAAAAAAGUGCCAUUUAUUCCACUGUCUGAUGGUACAUAUGGCUCGUUGGAUGAUGGUACCAUCUGGUUUCAUGCUGACUACAUAAGCACUGGCCUUGGUGGUGAACUUGGUAAUGAAGCUUUUCCCUGCUUAUAUGCUACACUGAGGAUUGUAAGCCCUGCCCUCUUUUCAGAGGCAUCUGCUGACAUUACUUUAAUCAAUAACUGUACAAGUAUGCUGCAGAAGCUUGGUGUUCAGCAGAUGUCAGCUCAUGAACUUGUUAAGAUUCAUAUUUUACCAUCUAUAUCGGAUGACAGAUUGACUGAUAGCAUGCAGUUAAUGAGGGAAUAUAUUACCUUUAUAAUGCUUCAUUUGAACUCUACUUGUGUAGAUUGUCAUGUUGAAAGAGAACUCAUAAUUUCUGAACUAUGCAGUAAAGCUUUAAUUUUAACAAAUCAUGGAUACAAGCGACCGUUUGAGGUGCCGAUUCAUUUUAAUAAAGAAUAUGGAAAUUCUAUUGAUGCAAAGAAAUUGAUAAGUGGUUUAAAUUACAAGUGGCACGAGGUUGAUGGUAUGUAUUUGAAGCACCCCAUUACUGAGUCAGUGUCAGGUAGAUUAAUGAAGUGGAGGAAGUUUUUUCAGAACUUAGGGGUCACAGAUUUUGUCAAAGUAAUUCCCUCUGAGAAAUCUGUAGCUGACUUGUCUCCUGCUGUUCUUAGUCAGAUGACGAGUGACAGACAGCUCAUAUCCCCAGGAUUGGUGGUUAGAGAUUGGGAAUCGCCUGAAUUAGUUCAUAUACUUUCCCAUUUGUCUAAGGAUGGUAACCAAGAGAGGUGCAAAUAUCUCUUGGAAGUUCUAGAUGACUUAUGGGAUGAUCAUUUCAGUGAUAAAGUGUUUGGUUGUUGCAGCAGUAAGUCUGGUCUGAAUGACUUAUGUUUCAGAUCUUCGUUCUGGCAUUGCAUAUCUGAUAUCAGGUGGGCAGUUUCAAGUAUAUCAAACGAGCUUCAAUAUCCGAAAGAGUUGUUUCAUGAUUGUGAUGCUGUCCGUUCUAUUCUUGGUUGUCAUGCCCCAUAUGUUGUUCCAAAGGUCAAAAGUGUUAGACUAUUGACGGAAAUUGGUUUCAAGACUGAAGUUACACUUGAUGAUGUAUUGGCAAUGCUUCAAACUUGGAGAACGUUGGAGUCUACAUUCACAGCCAGCUUGUCACAAAUGUUAAAAAUAUAUUCUUUCAUUUGGAAGGAAAUCACAACAUGUAGGCAACAAGUGCUGGAUGCUUUAAAAUCAGGGCCUUUCAUAUUCAUCCCUUGCGCCUCUGUCAAACUCUACGAGGAUGUUGUACCUGGUGUGUUUCUAUCGCCUGAUGAAGCUUACUGGCAUGAUUCUACCGGUGCUUUGGACUGUAGAAAGCAUGUGAAGAAUUCUGUAGAGGCUAGUAGCAAGACAUUAUGCUCUAUUUAUCCAGGUCUUCAUGACUUUUUUGUGAGUGAGUGUGGUGUCAACGAGGCCCCUUCUUUUAGUCAUUACCUUAAGAUUUUGCGGCAGUUGUCUGAAAACUCUUCCCCUCUACAGGCAGCUAAUGCGGUUUUCCAAGUUCUUCUCAAGUGGGCGGAUGACCUGAAGUGUGGUGUGUUCACUCCUGAUAACCUGUCUUACUUGAAGGAAUGUCUCUUGCAGUCAGAGUUCAGAGUACUUCCAGCAAUGCAAGAUAAGUGGGUUUCCUUACACCCAUCUUUUGGCCUUGUAUGUUGGUCUGAUGAUGAUACUUUAAAGAAAGAAUUUAAGCACUCAGACAAUAUCGAGUUUCUAUACUUUGGAGAGCUUACCGACGAUGAAAGAGAGAUGCUUCAAAUAAAAGUUUCUGUUCUGUUACAGAACUUAGGCAUACCUGCUAUUUCGAAGGUUGUGUUUCGUGAAGCUAUUUACUAUGGGCUUUCUGAUUGUGGCUUAAAAACCUCUAUGGUGACAUGGGUGCUUCCCUUUGCCCAGCGUUACCUCUAUAAUCUACAUCCAGAAAGAUACAGUCAACUCAAGCAGUCUGGAUGCAAGUUACAUCAUUUAAAAAUUUGUGUAGUUGAAAAGUUGUUCUAUCGUAAUGUAAUAAAGAGGUGUGACUGUUCAUCCAAGAAGAAGACUGAAUGCCACUCCCUACUUCAGGACAACAUUCUAUACACAACUCAAGAUUCUGAUUCACACUCUGUGUUUAUGGAACUGUCGCGAUUAUUCUUUGAUGGUUCUCCCGAGUUGCAUUUGGCCAACUUCCUUCACAUGAUCACUACUAUGGCAGAAUCUGGUUCAACUGAAGAGCAAAUGGAGUUUUUCAUCCUUAAUAGCCAGAAGAUGGAAAAGGUUCCCAUUGAGGAGCCCGUCUGGUCUCUUUCUUCUUCACUGUCCUUGUUGGAGAAUAAUGAAGCACUUUCUGGAAAUGCCCUUUUUACUGAUAUCAAUGACCUAUCUUCCAAUUCCAAGAAAAAACGAGCAUACUCAAGCUGGCCUCCUGUGGACUGGAAAACUGCACCCAGUUUUAGUUGUUCACCUGCCAAUGGUUCCAGGUCAAAACCUGUGAUCAUGGAUCAAAGUCGCAAUACAGGUACAGUUGAGGGUCUUUUUGAGGGCUCAAUACAGGAGGAAGCUGAAGUGAAUAUAACCAACAUAAAUGAAGAUGCUAUUAUUGAAGAUGAUGGAGUCGUAGGCCCUGAUUCAUCUGCCUUCCCUCUUUUUGAAAAUCAAAAUGAUCUUAUAUGCAACCAGCGUCAAUUUAUGGAAAUGUUACCUGAUCCUACCAACAUUGUUGUCGAGUCCCUUUGCCCAGAAGCGGGACAAUCAAAAAGCAAAGAUCAACUUAAUACUCCGGGUGCUCAAGAAGCAAUGCGAAUUGGUAGACUUGGAGAGCUGUUGGCUUUCAGAUACUUUGCAGGAAAUGCUGAUGGAGCAGAAGUGAAUUGGGUCAAUCAAGAUAAAGAGACGGGCUUACCAUUUGACAUUGUGAUGGGAGAUGAAAAGAAUAGGGAAUACAUUGAAGUGAAAGCUUCUCGAUAUUCUAAGAAAGAGUGGUUUGUCAUAUCAACACGAGAGUGGCAAUUUGCAGCAGAGAAAGGUGAUUCUUUCAGUAUAGCAUAUGUUCUUCUUUCUGGCCAAAAUCUUGCCAGGAUCAUGGUUUAUAAGAAUCCGGUAAAACUCUGCCAACUCGGAAAGCUGCAGUUGACUGUUACAAUUCCAAAAUCAUAUCAAGAACCCUCUCAGUAAUGUUCUGCAUCUCUUUCAUAUGCUGCCAGGUGAUCUCUAUAUGACUGAUUACACCUUUUUAAUGACAAGUGAAUUCUCUGUCUGAUCUGUUCAGCUAUGUUGCCAUGGAUACAAUUGCUACAGAUUAAUGUCCUCGCAUUGGUGAAAACCGUCUCUGUUUUUUAUGGAGGGAAUUAGACGUGUAAUUUAAUCCAAGGAAUGAAAUUAAGACUCCGUACUUCAUAAUUUUUUAGGAGAGGUCAGAGAUAGAGAGAGAAACUACAGCCAAAAGUAGUGAUGUUACACCUAGUAUGCAGGUUUCUAAAAAGUGAAACGUUGCGAUUAUUAAGAAAAACAGUGUAAAUAUAUAGAAAAUUUUGGAUCAUUUUUUAUCAUUGGCUCAAGGACCAUUAUUUUGUCUUUAAUUUUUAUUAAACAUGUAAAUAUGUAAUAGUGUAAAUGGUAGACUGGUAGUCGAUGCAAAGCUCCAAGAAAAUUUCUAAGUUAAUUUUUAAUCCAAAUUUUAUAA